AUGAGUUCGCAUAUCAUCACCCCUGGGCCAUACCGAGCAACAAAGCUGUGGAAUGAAAUAACUCGUCUGUUCCGGGCUGGUAUGCCCCUGAAGAAGCACCGGCAGAAUUUGAGAAAUUACAAUAACUGCUUCACGGCGCUGGCUGCUGUGGACUGGCUGCACCAAAUGCUUUGUAACAACAGCAACUUUGGCCCUGAUGUCACCCGGCAGCAGACGGUUCAGCUCCUUAAGAAGUUUCUAAAGAACCAUGUGAUAGAAGACGUGAAGGGCCGCUGGGGCACAGAGGAUCUGGAAGAAAACAACACACUUUACAGGUUUCCAUCUAGCUCUCCACUAAAGCCCAUUCCUUGUCCAGCUGUGUCAUCAGCUUCCAAAGGCAUCAAGAAAAAACCUUCCCUUCGAGACAAAGAAGGUUUCUUCAGGUUUAAGAGCAUGAAGAAAAAUGAACAGGAAGUAAGCAAAACCGAAAAUUGCCAAACGGAGGAAGAAAAAUAUCCAGGAGAGCAACAUGUACAAAGAAGAGAGCUGACAGGAGAUGAUGAACAGAAUAUCUGGAGAGAUACCACUCUGACCCACCUGCAGAAAAUUCUGGGUAUUGAAUCUCUUCAUCAAUUGUUGGACCACCGUUCUAUAAAUCCUUACAACAUCAUCCAUAAUAUGACAAAAGUCAACAAGCAUGGUGUAGUCACCCUGGAUGACAAGACCGAUGACCUUCCUCAUUGGGUUUUGUCAGCUAUGAAGAGCCUGGCCAACUGGCCCAAGUAUGACAGUGCGCAGCCGUCCUAUCCAGGUUUUGAAAGGGAUGUUUUCAAAACUGUGUCGGAUUACUUCUACAGCCUUCCACAGCCAUUGCUCACCUAUGAGUUGUAUGAACUAUUUAUCAACGUCCUGGUGUACUGUGGGUAUGUUGCAGCGCCCGCUCUGCAGCAAGGCAAACGCAAGAAGCACGAUCUUCCCUCAGCUCCUCCUCCAGCCAAGGCAUCGUUUCGCUCAACGGAGUGUCUCCUGCUGUCACUUCUUAGACAGAAAACAUGCGAUGAGACAGACUCUCCCAUGAGUGAAGUGCUUGGAGGAAAAGUUCAAUCACAGCUGUUGAAGGGAACCCCUGUGGGUGCAAAUGGUGCACAGUUAGGAGGCAGUUACAUGAGCAUCACCACUGCUGGUUCCUUGAAGAAACAAAGCAGAAGCUUCUCAUUGGAGACAGUCCUAGAUGACUCCACCCCUUUGACUAGGAAACAGAUCUUUUUAUCCAAUGACAGCCUGGCAUCCUGCUCUUCUAGUAUCAGGAGCAAAGAGAGCAACUGGAAGACAACUCACAGUUGUUUAGAUUUCACUUCUGCAUCAACAAAAUCAUCGUUUGCAUCUGUAAACACUCCACACAGUUUCACAAAGCAUUCUGUGCCUGCACGGAGGCUGCACACUUUGCGACCAAGGAGUGUGGGCAGCUGUUUGGACAUAGUUGUAGAGACUAAUGAAGAAUCUUUUCAGGAAACCAAGUGGCAAGGCAGGACUACCAGCUGCCUGAAUGUAAACAUUUCAGAGGACCAACAUCACUCCCAUGUUCCGACACGCCCUCUUUUGUUAUCGUCCAAAACUCACUCUAGUUUCUCAUCAUUUCCAACCAAUUCAUCUUCACCCGACACUUCUUCAGAACCUAGUGGCCCCCAACUGGCUUCCAGUACAUCCAAUCUUUGGACCAUGCCAGCGCCUGCCGUUGUCCGCCGUUGCUUCAGCUCACUGGAAAUGUCUAAGAUGCCUCGACCUACUUCACUGUUCAAACCGUCUGUCUGUGUGCCUACUGCCAGAAUGCAGCAUCCCGAACAAAAAUUUGAGCACAGGCUUCCCCAGCAUCAGACUGAGCGAGUGGCCAUUGAGGCCCUGCAGUUAUGCACCCUUCUCCUACCCCCUUCCUCACGAAGGAAGCUGCAGCUACUAAUGAGGAUGAUGUCUCGCAUCAGCCAGAAUGUGGAUAUGCCUCGCCUUCACCCUGCCAUCGGCACCCGGACACUGAUGGUGCACACUUUUUCAGGCUGCGUUCUAGGCAGUGCCGAGGAGGGUGAUUUGGAUGAGCUCUUGGCGACCAGAUUGGUUUCCUUUUUACUGGAUCAUCAGCAAAGUAUCCUCUCAGUCCCUGAGUAUCUGGUCAGUGCCAUCAAUGACCAUGUGGAGUACUUGCGCACAGCACAGGUGCCAAUAGACGACAUCGCUAAAGUUAAUGCUAGCGACCCAGUGUGCGCGCCGCUGCCAAUGUAUACCUUCUGCCGUCAGAUCAGUGGUGCUGAAUUUGAGCAGCAGAAGUUGUCAUGUUCCCAAAAAGCCAUGGAAGACUUACUUGAAAUGUUAAUGACCGACCAAAACAUAACAGAGAAGGACAGACGCAAAAAGUUGAAGCAGUUUCAGAAGCAGUACCCUGACAUCUACAGUCAACGGUUCCCCUCCACAGAAAAAGCCAGGAAGGCUGACAACAAACCAAAGAUUAAAGCUCCGCUGCUCAUCAGGAAGACAAAAACUUUCAGCAUUAGAAGCUAA